AUGAAAGCCGCCGGUAUUUGUCGACUAUCUCGCCACGGUCACACAAUAACCGAUCAACGCGCUGAGCAAAACGCUGCUGUUUUUAAUUUUAAUUUUUUGCGAUUUACGGGACGCGAAGACCGAUUUAGGUGACAAGUGACCUACAGCGAACCGGCCAAGUUUUUGGAGUGCGAAACAGUCGAAGAACUGAGUGUAUUUCAUGUGUCAUCCGCGGCGGCCUAGCAACAAGUGGUGGCAAAAAGGAAAAAGCGACUAAAAAAGUAAGAUAAAAACAACUUCACGGUGGCUAGGCUUCCUCCGAAUAAAGGCUACUGACUGGUAUUUGGAUUUAAAAACCACGCAGCAGCAUCAGCCAGCACACUUUGGAAGCGGUGCGCGCAGCUUUUUGUGCCAGCGUCGCGCAAUAAAACAAACAAAAAGUUAGAAACCCAAAAACGACAACAAAAACAACUACUGACAGGCAAAGCCGUUUGAUCGCGAGCGUGUGUGUAUAUGUUUGUGUGUAUGUGAGUGCCAAGCCAUUAUUUUUUCUGGUCUUAUGACGUAAACCACCGAAAAAAAUCAAAAGUGAGCACAGACGACACAGAUAUCAAAGCGAAGAAUGUCUCGUCAGGAAAAAGUAAAGUCAACAGGCGGUGGGAUCCUGGAAAGCCUGUUCGGCAGACCCUCGAAAUCAAAAGGAGGAAGCGUCAACAGUGGAACCCUAACUCAUGGCGGACGACCGGUGUCAUCGGACAAUGACGCUGUGCAGGGCGUGGAGGAUUGGGAGCGGCAUAUCCAGGAGCUGAGCGAGGCGCAGGUGGAUGCCCAAUUUCUGGAAAUAAUCGAGGAUAUGAAUAUACCCAAGGAUAAGCGGGAGCCCUUGUUGGCCAAAUCGAAGGAGGAGCGUCAGAAGAUGAUUCUGUGGCAUUUAAAAGGUAAGAAUUCACUAGAGCGCAACACCAACUCCCGGUUUGAGAGGCCCAUCGACUACGUGGAGUAUCUGCAGAAUGGAGAGCAUAGCGAGCACAAGGUGUACCAGUGCGUGGAAUCUUUGCGAGUGGCCCUCACCAGCAAUCCGAUCUCAUGGAUCAAGGAGUUCGGGGUGGCGGGCAUUGGCCAGAUCGAGAAGCUGCUGACGCGGGCCAAGAAGGAUCGCACCUAUGACAGGAUUGAGUUUGAGGCAAUUCGAUGUCUGAAGGCAAUCAUGAAUAAUACAUGGGGUCUGAAUGUGGUCCUCAAUCCGGAUCAGCACAGUGUAGUCCUGCUGCUGGCUCAAUCUCUGGAUCCACGAAAGCCACAGACUAUGUGCGAGGCUCUCAAGCUACUGGCAUCCUUUUGCAUCGUGUACGAGCGCAAUGGCUAUGAGAAGGUGCUUCGCGCUAUUACCACAAUAGCGGCCACAUCGUACAAGGCCAGCGAACGCUUCCGACCUAUAGUGGAUGCUCUGUUUGCAUCGGAUAAGCAGGAUCCCAAGCGGGAACUGGCCUGUCACAGUCUAAUUUUCAUCAAUACUCUCACAAACACGCCCACGGACCUGAAUUUCCGGCUGCAUCUACGCUGUGAGAUCAUGCGGAUGGGUCUGUACGAUCGCCUGGACGAGUUCAAGAAAAUUGUGGAAACGAGCAAUAAUGAGGCGCUGCAGCAGCACUUUAAGAUUUUCAACGAGAUCCGGGAGGAUGACUUUGAGGAGUUCGUACAACGCUUCGAUAAUGUCACCUUCAAUAUGGAUGAUGCCACCGAGUGCUUUGAGGUGCUGAAGAACAUGGUGAUAGACACCACUUCGGAACCUUACUUCCUCUCUAUCCUGCAGCAUCUGCUGUAUAUCAGGGAUGACUUCUACUUCCGGCCCGCCUACUAUCAACUAAUUGAGGAGUGCAUCUCGCAAAUAGUCUUCCAUAAGGGCUAUUGUGAUCCGAACUUUGAGAACAGGAAUUUCAACAUAGACACCUCCCUGUUACUCGACGACAUUGUGGAGAAGGCUAAAGCCAAGGAGUCCAAGCGAUCGGAGGAGUAUGAGAAGAAGAUCGAGCAGCUGGAAAGCGCCAAGCAGGAGGCCGAGGCGAAGGCUGCCCAUCUCGAGGAGAAAGUCAAGCUGAUGGAGGCGAAUGGUGUGGCGGCACCGUCGCCCAACAAGUUGCCCAAAGUAAAUAUACCCAUGCCACCGCCACCGCCAGGAGGAGGAGGACCACCGCCACCACCACCGCCGCCAAUGCCCGGAAUGGGUAGAGGCGGACCGCCGCCUCCACCACCUCCUCCCAUGCCUGGUAUGGGCGGUGGACCGCCACCACCGCCUCCCAUGCCCGGAAUGGGUAGAGGAGGACCUCCACCGCCACCUAUGCCCGGUAUGAUACGUCCCGGUGGGCCGCCACCACCACCGAUGAUGAUGGGACCCAUGGUUCCGGUACUUCCUCAUGGCCUGAAACCUAAAAAGAAGUGGGAAGUGAAGAAUCCUAUGAAGAGGGCGAACUGGAAGGCUAUUGUUCCGGCCAAAAUGUCCGAGAAGGCAUUCUGGGUCAAGUGUCAAGAGGAUAAGUUGGCACAGGACGAUUUUCUUGCCGAACUGGCCGUCAAAUUCUCCUCGAAACCGGUGAAGAAGGAGCAAAAGGAUGCAGUGGACAAGCCAACGACGUUGACAAAGAAGAACGUUGACCUGCGCGUGCUAGAUGGCAAGUCUGCCCAGAAUCUGGCCAUUUUGCUGGGUGGAUCGCUGAAGCACCUGUCAUACGAACAGAUUAAGAUAUGUCUGCUGCGCUGUGACACCGCCAUUCUGUCCUCCAACAUCCUGCAGAACCUUAUCCAGUACUUACCACCGCCAGAGCAGUUAAAGCGCCUGCAGGAGAUCAAGACCAAGGGAGAACCUUUACCGCCGAUUGAACAGUUUGCGGCCACGAUAGGUGAAAUCAAGCGUCUGUCUCCUCGCCUCCACAAUCUGAACUUCAAGUUAACCUAUGCUGACAUGGUGCAGGAUAUCAAACCCGAUAUUGUAGCAGCCACGGCUGCCUGCGAAGAAGUGCGGAAUAGCAAGAAGUUCUCAAAGAUCUUGGAGCUCAUCCUUCUGCUCGGCAACUACAUGAACACAGGCUCCAAGAACGAAGCCGCGUUUGGCUUCGAAAUCAGCUAUCUCACCAAGCUGACCAAUACCAAGGAUGCGGAUAAUAAGCAGACAUUGCUGCAUUAUCUAGCUGAUCUUGUAGAGAAGAAAUUCCCCGAUGCCUUAACCUUCUACGACGAUCUGUCGCAUGUGAAUAAGGCGUCGCGUGUGAAUAUGGAUGCCAUACAGAAAGCGAUGCGGCAAAUGAAUUCGGCGGUGAAGAAUCUGGAAACGGAUCUGCAGAAUAAUAAGGUGCCGCAGUGCGAUGAUGAUAAGUUCAGUGAGGUUAUGGGCAAGUUUGCCGAAGAGUGCAGGCAACAAGUGGAUGUGCUGGGCAAAAUGCAGCUGCAAAUGGAAAAACUGUACAAGGACCUCAGCGAGUACUAUGCCUUCGAUCCCAGCAAGUACACCAUGGAGGAGUUCUUUGCGGACAUUAAGACCUUCAAGGAUGCCUUCCAAAACGCGCACAACGAAAAUGUCCGGGUGCGCGAAGAGCUGGAGAAGAAGCGAAGACUACAGGAGGCUCGUGAGCAAUCCGUCCGAGAGCAACAGGAGCGCCAGCAGCGUAAGAUGGCGGUGGUGGACAUGGAUGCGGCACAGACGCAGGAAGGUGUUAUGGACAGUCUCCUCGAGGCGCUGCAAACGGGCUCGGCCUUUGGCCAGCGUAAUCGUCAGGCUCGAAGACAGCGUCCAGCGGGUGCGGAACGAAGGGCCCAACUCAGUCGGAGUCGGUCACGGACGCGGGUGAACAAUGGUCAACUGAUGACCCGCGAGAUGAUCCUCAAUGAGGUUCUAGGCUCCGCGUAGUUUUGUUCGUUCAGAAUAGAGUAGAAGCGUUCAAGCAAUUCCCCUCUGUACAUAUAUAAAUAGACACAUCUGUAGCGAUCUAAGGAGCCUAAGGACAUUAGCUGUGUACAUCUGUAGCCUGGUUUACAUAUCAACUCAAACAUAUUUUUUUCGAGGAGUUUGGAUAGCCGACAGGGAAGACUUUUAAAACAGCCGCAAAAACAUUAAACUAAAUAUAAAUGGGGAUGUAUUGGUUGGUAUUAGAUUUAUGAAGCAUUGCUGAAAGAAUAUUUGGACCAAAUUCAUGUAAUUUUGUAUAUUUUCAAAAUUUGUUUUGAUUUUUUACAGCUCUUGUUUA